AUGGCCGAAUCUCGCAAAGACUUGCGUUUGCGCGCCGAACACACCUGGAACGAAUCUCGAAAACUGCAUCCGCAGGGCCAAAACGAAACUACAGAUGCCGUUCUAGCAGAACUACGAGAAUCACUAGAUGAAAUCAAGACCGAGCAAACUAAGGCUAUGCCGCAAGCAAACUAUGAAGACGACCUGUCUGCUGCUCUGGCCGAGACGGAAAUUGAGGACUUGGCUGAUAUCGCCGAUGGAGAGAUCGAAACUUUGGCCGAUGAAGAGUACGCUCGUGACCAACGUGCCGGUGACGAGCCACUGAUCAGUCAUACAACAUCCACCAUCCAGGACGUGGAAACACACGAGUUCAAGUUACCUGCUUCAUCACCGAAUUCUUCCUUUGCUCCUGCAUCUUCACUACAGGCUUCACAGGAUGUCUUGGCUCACCAUGUUCGUGAUGGUCAAACCGCUGGCUCUAGGAUGGUCCAUCGUACUUGUGGUGUUGGAAGACGCUCUUCUUGA